CACUCGGGGACCCCUUCCUCUACCCUGCAUAGACCCCUCCCCAUGGCACUCGGGAACCCCUUCUCCUGGCACUCGGGGACUCCUGCCCGCCUCCCUCUCUCAUAGACCUCUCCCCAUAGCACUCGGGGACCCCUUCCUCUACCCCGCAUAGACCCGUUCCCCUGGCACUCGGGGACUCCUGCCCGCCUCCCUCUCUCAUAAACCCGUUCCCCUGCCACUCGGGGACCCCUUCCUCUACCCUGCAUAGACCCGUUCCCCUGGCACCCGAGGACCCUUUCCUCUACCCCGCAUAGACCCCUCCCCAUGGCACCCGGGGACCGCUUCCUCUACCCCGCAUGGACCCGUUCCCCUGCCACUCGGGGACCCCUUCCUCUACCCCGCAUAGACCUGUUCCCCUGCCACCCGGGGACCCCUCCCCAUGGCACUUGGGGACCCCUGCCCGCCUCCCUCUCUCAUAGACCCCUCCCCAUGGCACUCGGGGACCCCUUCCUCUACCCCGCAUAGACCCCUCCCCAUGGCACUCGGGGACCCCUUCCUCUACCCCUCAUAGACCCGUUCCCCUGGCACUCAGGGACCCCUUCUCACUCCCCUUCUGUGUAGAAGACCCUUCCCCAUGGGCACUCGGAAACCUUCCUCAUUACAGACACUUUUCUCCUCUGGAGCUCUCACUUACUGACAUCACAGUCCCCAAAAGAGACAGGGAUCUAGCUCAGGAACCCUGCUCCCAAGGCAUGCAGCAAUAGUUGCGAGAAAAGAAUGGAAUUUGGCAGGAUAAGUACACAUGCUGAUUGAUAGAGACAUUUCUGUAUCUACGGGUUAUGUAACCUCUCUGUUAUGUUCACAUACACACUGACAAUCUCCUACAGAAAGAGCGAUACAGAGUCGGAAGGAGGUCUGCGCCAUACAGAUCUCUAUGGAGAUACCCUCUUAAUGUACACACUAUACACAUGUAUGGUAAUUGUGCUGAUACUCAAAUCUAGAGAGAGAACAGGUUUUUCUUAAGUGAUUGGAUUACUGGGUCUCAGUAUACCAUCAAAUAUUUGUUUUCUCAGGAAGAGUUGGGAAACAUGAAAUUCUGGAAUCUACAGUAAAAGAACUGAGGAAUAUUUUAAAGCUUGACAAAUGCAUUCCAGACUGGAAGACUGCUGCAUUCCUCCUCCUCCUCCUCCUCUUCUUUAGAGAACUGACUUCUUAAAACAGAGGUAAGAAAGGAGAAUAAACUGUAAGAAAAUGCUGGGAUCAGAACGUGGUGUGGUGGAAGAAUGGCUAUCAGAAUUCAAGGCAUUACCUGAAAAUCAAAUCUCCAGUUAUGCAUCAACAUUGCACCGGAAAAAAUCACUGGUGCCAGCCCUUUAUAAGGUUAUUCAGGACCCAAAUAAUGAGCUCCUGGAACCUGUCUGCCACCAGCUCUUUGAACUCUACCGUAGUUCUGAAGUUCGACUCAAGAGGUUCACGCUGCAGUUCCUGCCAGAAUUGAUCUGGGUUUAUCUGCGUCUUACUGCCAGCAGGGACAGACAGAGUAACGGUUGCAUUGAAGCACUGCUUCUUGGGAUUUACAAUUUGGAAAUUGCUGACAAAGAUGGGAACAACAAAGUUUUAUCUUUCACCAUCCCUUCUUUAUCUAAGCCCUCAAUAUACCAUGAGCCUUCUACGAUUGGAUCCAUGGCUUUGACUGAGGGAGCCCUAUGUCAACAUGACCUCAUCAGGGUGGUUUAUAGUGAUCUUCAUCCUCAGAGAGAAACCUUCACUGCACAGAACAGGUUUGAGGUGCUUGGCUUUCUCAUGCUGUGCUACAACUCUGCUAUUGUCUACAUGCCUGCCUCCUCCUAUCAGUCACUUUGCAGGAUGGGUUCCAGGCUUUGCGUGAGUGGAUUUCCACGACAGCAUGAGAAACGCUGGAAAGAAUUCUGUAACAGAGUGGUACUAGAUCCUGACUUCAUGGUGCAGCUGCUCACAGGUGUCUAUUAUGCCAUAUAUAAUGGACAGUGGGGUCUUGGCCAGGAGGUAUUGGAUGACAUAAUUUACAGAGCACAGCUUGAACUUUACUCUCAGCCACUGCUGGUUGCGAAUGCCAUGAAGAACUCGUUGCCCUUUGAUGCCCCUGAUGUGUCGCAAGAAGGCCAGAAGGUGCUGAAGGUGGAGGUUACUCCUACAGUGCCCAGGAUCUCUCGGACUGCCAUUACGACAGCUUCCAUCCGCCGCCAUCGGUGGAGGAGAGAAGAUGGCUUUGACUUCUCAAACGAGGCUGACUCAAGCAUUCCUGGCUCCCCGAUCCAACACGGCUCCACAGACCUAGGGAUCAAACGUGAGCAAGAGGGGGAGGUGCUGGUGCGCAGGACCCCUGAGCAUGGCUCACCGGAGCCCACCUUGGCAGCAGCCACAACAGAGGGUAGGACAGAGAGGAGGCAGAAGUCAGUGAGGCAGUUGCCGGAGGAAGAUCCUGGCUCCCUAUCCCCAAGCAGAACUUCUUUCCAUUCUAAUGCUGAGGGUAUAAAUGGAAGAGAGGAGUCUGUGAACCUCAAUGAUGCUGACGAAGGAUUUUCAUCAGGAGCUUCCCUUAGUAGCCAGCCAGUUGGGACCAAGCCUCUAUCGUCCACAUCCCAGAGAGGCAGUUUAAGGAAAGCAGCAAGUGGGCGUUCAGCUAAGGAUAAAGAAACAUCAUCUGCCACUAAAUCCAAUGAGAGCCCUCGAGAUUCAGUAGCUCGGAAGCAGUACCUGCACCAACCAGCUGACCUUACUGCGGAAACAAUUGAGAUGACACCUACAAAGAAACACCUCAGCCUGCCUGCUGGGCAGGUGGUACCAAAAGCCAGUAGCUUGAGCCUGAUCCGGACCGCCAGUGCUUCCUCCAGUAAAUCAUUUGACUAUGUGAAUGGUGGUCAAGCAGCUUCCACUGUUGGGGUUGGCACUGAGGGUGUUACUAAUCUAGCAGCUGGCAAUUCCAAUCGGUUUUCAACCAUCAGUCUACAGGAGGACCGGCUAGGCCAAACUGGGGAAGGUAACGAUCUCCUUACCCCAGGGGCUCCCCUUACAAAGCAGUCUCGAUCCCCAAGUUUCAAUAUGCAGCUGAUAUCCCAGGUGUAGCUUUGACUCCCCUCUUCCUCUUUAACCAACAGACAGUUCAUCCUUGGGCAAGAACAAGAACCUUCAUCCCACAGUGUGAAAAUACUGACCAUUGUGAUCUCAUUUGAUUCAGUUUAGAUAUCAUCCUGUAUUUUGUAUGAAACAGCAAUAAAUCUUCCCUCACUCCCAGUCCCCACCUUUGUGAACAUGGUUGUGAAGCAGUAUAAAAUGUACUGUAUGCCUUUUCCCCCACCUUCCUUUCUCCUUGGGUGACGUGCAAUCCAUCGUAGGCUGAUCAGUCCCAUUUCAACACUGUGAGACUGGUGAUAUUGGAGGAAAUGGUGAAUGUGAUCCCUAUGAGAUGAUGCUUUGGCUUUGUUAAGAAAUAGAAACGGGUUAGUUUUAUCAGUCUACAGUACUGCAAAGACUACUGGAUCAUGAUUUUUCUUAGAACCAGGAGUGCCUCAGAGAUUCUAAUGUGACUUUGGACCUCUCUGAGCUUGUGCAAUCAGUUCUGGGGGAGGGGAAUGUCAUUGCUCCUGGCUGACUAAUGCACUUUUCCAUUAAAAAUGAGAAUUGUUCUUUUCCUUCCCCACCCUCACCUCUACUCUCCUACUCCUGAAACUCUUCCUGUUUACAGCGGAGACAUGCCUAUUACCAAGUCGUUGCCCCUCAGAUAAAGAGAGGGCUGUAAGUAGAGAACGUAGGUCACAGUGUACUACUUAUGGCGUUGUAGCCAUAUUUAUGUUAUAAGUCUUCCUCGCCGCCCCCCCCCUUCCCCCCCGCCAGGACACAGGGUCAUUCCGCUUAUAGACUGGAAUUUGGAAAGGCCAAACCUGUUGAAAUAAUUCAAAAAUGGGAAGGAGACACACGCUUUCCCAGAAACAAUUAACUACUAGCUCUGCUUCUAUUUGUGUGAGGUGAUGAUCACUGAAUUGAACAAGUGCAUCUUCAGGUAAACAGAGGGAUUCUCAGGCUGCAUUCUAUGGUAUCAAAGCUGUUAGGAAGCCCCCUCCUGCUUUCUAGGUGUUCCUAGUUCAGUCACAGCAUAGAUUAAGAAAACUGUAGUCCAGACAUAAUCCUCCAAGGAGCUGCAUCAGGGACUGAGAUAAUGGUUUGCUGGAAACACUGAAGUGUCAAUGUGCAACACUUUCUAGAAACAAUGUUGGUAUAACGGGGUACUCACAGUAUUUUCUCCCAGAAGGACCACACUUCACUACCUUUGUAUUUACAAUCCAUUGUAUUUUGUAAAUAUUAUCUGAUCGUUUUGCUGAUGGAGGCAGGCAAUCUCCUAGAAAACUCUGAUCUCAUGCCAUUGAGCCAAGUCCUGAAUCUAAGUGAUUGAUGGAUGGGCAGCAGUUGGUACCUAUGCUGGAGAUCACUACUUAAAAGUUCAUUUCUGAUUACAAAAGGGAAUGUUCAUCAUAUUUUAGCCUGUCUCUUUCUUUGGAUAACUAAGGAGAAAAGAGGACGUCUCAGCCUUGUUUCUCUACUCUGUUGUGACCUGGAAUUUUACAGGCCAUUAACCCAUGGAACAGAUGAGAGUUAAUUUUUUUCAUUAUGUAGGCACUUUGGUUUUAUAUUUUUCACUGUGAAAAAAUAUACACAAAUGGCUACCAAUAACAGGCUAUCUUUUGAUUUAUAAAGACUGUAUGAAAUUCAGAACUAAAAUGGCAUUACAUUGCUAGUGAUUAUUUAAUGGGUUGGUUGUUUAAAUGUUAUUUCGAGCUUUUGAUUCUUCUUCUCUUUUUAACACCCUCAUUUCAAGUAGCAUUUUUUCCAAAGUGACUUUCAAGCUUAUAGUUUAAACAGUUAAAGGAAGACAUUUUUAUUGUUGAAUUAGUUACUUGGUCACUUAAUCUUCAUAUUUCACAUUCAAAGAGGAAUGACAGCAUCAAACAGCAUUCAGAAUUAUGCAAAAAUCUCAAACACUUUAAACACAAACAUUCAGUUAAGAAAAAGGAAACAACACUUUAUCGUCUCUUUAAAAACUGCAGCUAAGUUGCAAGGACUGCCAGGGAUGCAUAAACUGACAGAACAAAGACGAAAUCUGGAGUAGCCAAGAGGUAAUGCCCUGGAGUAAAGUUGACCUAAAAAUAUGUACUGUAAAAAAUAGUGAUGCUUCACAACAUAGCAAGAGAUGGCUACACUUGUCAGUUUGUUUUCUAGAGUACAGGCAAUGGAGACACUUAAUAUGAUGGCUAUGGUUGUGCAGAAGCUUGUCUGAUGUUUUUAAAGAGGAGUAGAGAUGUAUUUGGAACAGAUUAAACCAAAAAAAAAAAAAAAAGAAUAUUAAUAAAGAUAAAGAUAAUUUCAAAUUGACAAGGACCAAAUUAUUCCUUUAUAUUAGUUCUUGAGGUGGAAACGUAAGUCAGAAGUUCAGGCUAGUUUUGGAAGAAUCCUAAUAUAUUUUUUCAAGUGUUUAUUAUGUAUGUGUAUAUAUAUUAUAUAGAGGUGUACACAAAAAUAUAAAAAGUGAUGUUUGGUAGCUCUGCUAUCGAUGUUCUGUAUUUUCCAUUGUUAGUUUUCACCUAAGGAAUUUAUAACUCUUCUAAAAAUUUUGCUUCAGGCUAAAACUUAGCAAACAAGUUUCCAUAUCUUGACCAUUUCUUACACAAAAUGCAGUUAAACCAGUUCAGCAAAAUGAAAUAUUCCUGUGAUUUCAAAUGGGGAGUCAAAUAUGGGUGCUCAAAUUUGAAUUACGUUUUAGUCACUUUUUUAAAACCAGUUUUGAAGGUGUUUAGUCCUUAUUUUGGUGGAGUGCUUUGUUAUAUUUUAUAAAUCUGUUAUACGUAUUCGUUAACCUGCUUUUGUGUAUAUGCACACUACUUUCUCUAUUAGAUGCUUUUUGAUAGAGUUCAAAUUUUGUCCCUAUUAACAUCCUAGUUGUUCCACACUAUGGACUGACAUGAUACAUAAUAACUAGUCCAAAGGAUCCUUUGAGUGCUAUGUGUCAGACGUUCGCUGAUCAACCUCUCUGUGUUCUGGAAUGACUCAUCCAUUAACAUAAAUGAAGCAGUCAUUAUAAUGUGUCAAGUCAGUGCUAUAUAUCAUUAAUGCUUUUAGAUGUGUCCAUCAAUCCAUGUCAAGGUAGUUGUGAAAUAUGAUGUACUGAGCUUCAGUUAACUUCAAAGUACUGUGGCAUUAACUGAAAUGGAAAUGCUUGGGAUACAAACAAAGAAUAAUCAGAGUUGACUUUGGAGGGUAUUGUAUGCUACUGUUAAACUAAGUACAAAACUAUUAAAAUAAUAGGUUUCUGAUAACUGUGACAAAGAUUUAGACUUAAGUUCUUUAUCCUUACCUCACUCUAUUCUCUCUCCAUAAUUAUAAUGCAUUUGGUAUGUAACAUCAUGCACUAGUUUUAGACCCCUGCAAUAGUUGAGUACAGUUGCAGUAUACAAGAGGUCAGAAUGUAGAAUACGACAUUCCUCCUCAUCUGAGAUAGUAUAUACGCACAACUCUGAGGUGGGGAACUAUGGGUACUGUAGCUAGGUGUAGAUACACAUUUAAGUAAGGAUAAAUGUAUUAUCCCUUGCUUUUAGCAUAACUGUGCACAAUAAUAUGCUGGCAUUUGUAACUCUUUUUUCUGGGGCUUCAUAAUUUAAGGAAAUAUAAAAUAACUGGCUUGCUAAUUAAAUCUUUGAUCAGCUUUUAAGCUAUUUUAAGUGGUAUUUUGGUUGAGCUGUGAGCCAUUUUUCAUGCAGGCAGCAAGAUGACAAGUAAUAGCUGUUUAAACGAAUGUUGCAAGUGAAGAUUAAAUACUGUACUAUCCAUCCAUUUAAUUUAGUUUUCAGAAUAUUGAGACUUUGUACCUUAUUGUACAUCUCAAAUACAGAUUGGAAUACCCUUUGUGAUGUGACCCUGAAAAAGCUUUUUUAGCUGUGUGAAGCCUGUCCUUCCAUUCUGUAUCAGUGAACAUUUUAUCACACCAAUUAUUUAUUAUAUCAGAUAUUUGUAUGGUUUGCAAAUAUAAUAGUAUCAAAUAGAUAAAUCUGACAUUUCCAAACAAAUUCUUAUAUGUCUCUUACUAAGCUUUUAAAGUAAUUAAAAUCACCUGCUUUAACACUGGAAUAGUGAAAAUAUUGUUUUCUGACAAAAUAUUUUAUUUGCACUACUUUUGUGAAUAGUGGAAUGUACUGGGGCAGAGCUUUUUCUCACCAUGUGAGGUUUGUGUGUGGGUAGGUACAUACAUUUGUCAUAUGUUGACUAUCAGUUGCCUCAGUUGUGUGUGUAUUGUAUAUAAAUGUAAACAUAUUAGAAAAUUAAGGGGGUAAGAUCUACUACUAAAUAGUGACAAAUACAAAGUGGGUUGCUUUGCUUUUUGGAUAUCUAGUAAUUAAUUUUAAAGCUUAGUUCAAGGGAAAAAUGUCAAAAUAAUGAAAAUAGAUUCACAAAUAUAUUUUGAAGAUUAAUUUUGGAACAGAUUAUUCUACACUGAGGCCAUUUUUAAAUCAACAGUUUAAACUUUUUUGUCCUUCCAGAUAAGCCAGUUGCUACCUGCUUUAAUAUUUAAGGCAUUUUAAUUUUCUUAAACCUGGAAACAAUUCAGACAAAUGGAUUGAUAAAUAAUUUCAGAUUGAUUUUUUUUAAAUCAAAAAUAAAAAAACUCUUGGAAAUCAAAACAAUCUGAAGAAAGAAAUGAACAAAAUGACUUUUCAAUCAAAGAAAAUAAUUCUGAAAUUAAGUUGUACAAAAUAUUGUCCCCCUAAAUUGUGGAAAAAAUUGAUAAAUAUAAUAUGAACUAACCUAUUAUUUAUUAUGCACUAUACAAAGAGAACAAAAAGACAGUCUUGAUAUUUUAAAUAUUAAAUCAUACAAACCCUAAAUUGUUGCAAUCUAGCAUUGCCUAAGUCUAAGACAUGUUACUGUAAUAUGUUAAACUUACUAUCAUGCAUGGACCAUGAACAUGUAUUUUUAUUUCUCGAGUCAGGAAUGAUUGUAGAACUCAAGGGGAAAAGCCAGAAGUAACUUGUGCCAGUCCAUUCCAAACAUGUAAAAUAAAAAGGGCAAAUUCACUAUAGUGUACAUGCACUGAGUAUUCAGCUUAAACCAGACCAUACAAUAUUUGAUAUUGUUUGGUAUUUUAAACUUAGUGUUUGUUUCUAGGACCUGGGACUUACUGAAAAUUCCCUUGUUUCUCCUCAUUUUUUCCUUACGGCAUUUGGAUAAUCAAGGUUGUGCAUUGCACAAAAGUUUUAUUUAGAAAUUUUCUAUGGCUGAAGUAUAAAUGAACAUAUAAACCCUUCUUUCAAAAUUGUCAUAAUAGAUCAGCAGAGAGCCCAGUGUAUAUACCUAUUACAUUUUGAUGGAAGAUAAUGGAGAGGAGUGGGGGAAACUGAUCUGUCACUGUUAUGUCAAAACAAAACACCCCAAGUGAGCGUGAGAAUAAGAUUUUGCAAGGCUGGCAUACAUAUGUUCAUAUGACCAUUGCUAAUAUUUUUAAUAUGGCUUUUUAAAAUCCUACCUUAUUAAACCCAGCUUGCAAAGCAUAAAACAGGAAGAAAGGAAAUAACUGUAGCCACUUAAAAUAAUGAGUAAAUUUUACCUGGGGGUUGGCUAGGGUCAGUAUCUGCGAUAAGAAUAAGUUGUUUAUUUUGUAGUUCUCCCUAGAAGUCUAAUACGGAGAACCUCAGAUACAAUCUGGACGAGAAAUGAACUUUAUUAGUGGACAAUCUAUCCCAAAUCAGACAGCUUAAUUCUAGAUUUAACUAAAUUAGAUGCAAACUGAUGAUUCUGUUUCAAGAUUUAGUGUCAUCCCUUUUGAACAGAAAAGCAAAUUCCUUUUAUCUUUCCUAUAUGCAUCAGAGAGUUUACCGAAAGAGACCAUUAAGGGACCAAAUGUAAUUAAAAUGGGGUCCAUCCUUCAAUAAAUUGUCCCUUCUAAUGUAAAGGAUUGCUUUUCUAUUCCUGUGACGAAACAUGGAAGGAAACAGUUGUACAGUUAUUUUGAGAUCCUGGACUGCAUUUUGAGCUAGGUCUUUGCCAACUAAUUAUUUUGUCAUGAAUUCCUAUUACAGGUUUACAAGCAGUGCGUGAAGUGUGAGCGAAUAGAGCAGAAGACCCCUGUAUUUUGACUGAACAUUUCUGUCAAACGAAGUUUUAAAAAAAUCGAAUUUCCAAACAAAUUAAUCAGCUCUAGAAAAAUCAAGUUAAUUACUGAAAUGCCUUCAAAUGAGCAAAUAGCUAUAUCAAGUCUGUAACACAGAUAACUAAUAGUUUAGAUGUACCCUCCAAUAAGACUCCUUUAUGGUGUUUUGUCACUGUAUCUUUAUUUCAGGUCUAGGACAACUGAUCCUGCUCUUUUCUAGCACUGAAUAGGAAAUUUAACAGGUUGAUUGUAGUUUCUCUAAGCAAAUUACAUUUCUUCUCCUUGACAUUAUAGGACUUAGAAGUGACAGAAAAUAAGCUACUGAAACUUUUCCCUCCAGUUCAGACCAUUCACUAGUCUUGCAUAUUUUUUUAUGAAAAAUGUUACUAGCAAAAAGUACAUGGCUUCUAAUGUGCAGUCAAUGUGAGUUAGCAAUCGCUCAGGAUAAAUUACUUGUCUUUGCAAAGUAUCCAUUGGUUUGCUAGUGGUCAAAAUGUUUGUGUGUUCAAAUAAGACUUGGAAACACUACAUUUUACUGUUUUCUUGCAGAAAAGUGCAUACUUUUGGGCAAGGGCAUUACUAGUCGGUUAUUUAUGGAAUGAAACCAUGUAAUAAAGUAAAUAACCUUAAGAGUAAUUUAACUGGAAACAUUUUUCCAUAUCAAGGACACCAGGCAAAAGCUAGUAAAGAUUUUGAAUAAUUAGAUUAUCUUUUUGGACUUACUAUGGUAGCUUUUAUUUGCUGUAAGUAAACUGGGGUACCCCAUGCUGUGUUUUUUAAAUUUGUAAUAAAUUCCUCUACUUUACAAUGAAUCUUUUGAGUCUUACUGUUCGUGUAACAAUAUAGAAUUUGCAGUCAGUUUGACUAGCAAAAUGAAACAAUCUACAAGGAUUGAGAUAGUAUUUUCUUACUGUUUCUGUCAUACAAGGUUUAUGUCUCUGAACUAAGGUUUCUGAAGGAUUUUUACUAUUUUGGCAUUAUGUAAUCUUAUCACUGUCACAAAAGGAGUAUAGACAGCAAAUAACCUACUUUCUGUGGACAAAUCUGUUUGGCAAAAGGGUUCCAAUUGUGUAGGAGACGCCCUUUUUUCACCAGUGUAACCCUGCAUGUUGGUAUGCACUCACAAACAUUCAGGAUAUAGUGCUGGUGAAAAACUAAACAGAAUGGGUAUGUAGUAAAUGCAGUCUCUGUUGCAUGAUGUCCUUUAACCUGGAACCAGUGAAAAUCUUCACUCUUACAGAGCUGAAGAUGACACAUAUUGAAGAUCAUGUUAUUGGUGCAUGUAAGCCAUUAUCUUAACUGUCUUACUGAAGCUGGUUAAUGCUGUUGAUUGUUGUUGAAAUGUGAAAUGUAGUUACUGUUGACCUUGUAAAUAUUUGCCAGAGAUUAAAAAAAAAAAAUAUUUUAAAUCACUGUAAAUAGAGAUGUAUAAAAUGGAAAACAGUCUGCAAUGCAGAAUAUAUAUAUAUAUAUAUAUAUACAAUAUUAAAUAAAUAUUGUGGUGUUUCUGGAUGAAUAUGUA